UAUGCAUGUGUGUAUAUUCGUAAAGAAAAAUGCCACUGGAGGACUAUGUUAGGAUAUGUUGGGAAUCCAGAUUCAUCUCAUAAAGCUACUAAAGAAAUCAACAGGAAAGAAUACCAAAGCUGGUUCUCUUCUUCUGAUGCAUCUGUCUUCCUAAGGAGAUCUUGAACUUGGUUCUGUGCUUUAUACUUACCCUGAUUUAAAGCACACCCUUCAAAACUGAUGUCUGCAUAACAAAACGUUCUCUGGCUUUGAGGUUGGUCUUUCUCAGCGCUACCCCUUUUUGAGGACUGCAUUUUGUUAUUUUUGAGGCUGGGAAUGAAGUCUCCUUUCUCUUCUGGUGGAAAGCAGCUCGCCCGAACUCAGAAAGAUGGGCUUGAAUUCCUCCAAGGCUCGUAGGAAGGUCACCAAAGUGACACCAAUGCCAAUCAAAGAAAAAGAACCAAAACAGCCUAGUAGCGUGACAGUAUAUUCCUUCCAGACCCCGCCAAGCUCAUUUGUCUCCCUACCAGGGAGAAACCCAGUUUUGGAAAGGCAACUGCCCCCUUUGCGAGAGACGUGGUAUGGAAGAUAUCCCACAGUGCCCAGGCCAACUCUGUUAGACCACACACUAGAAGGAGGAGGAGAAGCAAGCAUCAUCAAGCAACAUCCACCUCGAAGGCUGCAGAAAUUGGAGCCAUUUAUUCUUGCAGAAAACAUUCCUGCAGACAAAUACCCGAACCUGCAAGGUGGGACAAUGACACAGAAUGAAAAGGUACUAGAGAAAGGAGGGCAAACUGCUAAGCACCCCACUGGAAGAAGGCAAUAUUUACUCAAGAUGAAGAUGCUUGAAAUAACAAAAGAGGCAGAAUUGAAAAGGCGUCUGCAACAGGAGGCUAGGCUUAAUAAGCCAAAAAUGAGGGAUCUUCAUUUGCUGGGCACUCUUGAGCAUAUGCAGGGAACUCGGAGCUCUGAUGAUGAACAGCCACACUCUACUGAGCAUGACCAAACAUUUAAUGGAAGCCACGGAGAUUUGUGGCACAAAGAAUUUCUUAAAGAGUGUGGGUCACCUAAAUCCCAUCUGGACCAGAGGGACAAAGUGGAGACAUGGCUGUUGAAGCAACAAGCAACAACAGACUCAUCUUCAGAUGCUUUGAGCACUGACUCCAAUAACUGGAAAGACUACAGUGACAACUUUAGGCAACCUUAUCGGAGACCUGCUUUAGUGAGAACUAAGACAGAAAGGAUUACCCUUUUUGAUGAUUUUUUUGAUAAGGAGCUCUAAAUUAAAUAAGGCAUGUAUAAGACAGCCUUUUAGAGACGGUGUCCUGCUAUUAUUCUCCCCUUCCAUUUGUAAUUCUCCUGUAUUUACCUAUCUCUCCAUUCAUAUUUGUUCUUGCCUUAGAAACUCUGUUAAAGA